AUGAAAUUGAAUGAUAUUAUUCAACUUUUGAGAAUUAAACCAAAGGAUUAUACUGGAAAAAUGAUACGAGUUGCCAAAUUGUAUGGUCCACGUGAUAUCAGGCUUGAUUUUGUUGAAGAAAAAACUAUUCGAGAUGAAGAGGUUAGAAUCGAGGUGCAUUAUUGUGGUAUUACGAUGACCGAUUUGUUGCUGUGGGCUAAUGAACAUAAAAGAAUUGUUGAUAAAGAAACGAUUCUUGGAUUUGAAGCAGCAGGUAAAAUUGUGGAAAUAGGUAAAUUGGCACAGGAAAAAAUUCAUUGUUAUUGGGGUGAAGAGGUAUUGGUUCACAUUUAUCCGAAACUUGGUGCAUUCGCGGAAACCUGUAUUGUUCAUCCAGAGAACAUAUUUAGUCUUGGAAAAAAGAAAAAUUUAUCAAUGAAAGACGCGGCGAGUUUAACCGACGAUUAUUUCUCGCCAUUUUUAAUCCUUGGUCGUCGAACUCAAUUAAAAAAAGACGAAUAUCUUUUAAUUAAUACGAAUUCCAUGUUCUCCGCAAUGGCCGCCAUUAAUAUCGCAGCAUGCAUCUUUCAAGCUAAGCCAAUUAUUGUUUGCGAUAGUUCGACGUUGUUCGAGUCUAGUAUCGAUCUUGGUGCUGUUGCAAUUAUCGAUAGAAAUAGAUGUGAACUCAGCGACAAAUUAGAACAAAUUACUGGCAAAAGAGAUGUUCGUUUAAUUAUCGAUACGAUUGGUGGAACUGAUUUUGAAAAUCUUCUUAAAUGUUUGGAACACGAAGGAACAGUUGCUUUUCUCGAUUAUGCGAGAGAUUCGAAGUAUCCAUAUCCAUAUAUUUUCCCAUUGAAUUAUAACAUCUUAACACUUGCAAUGGAACAUUAUAAAAAUGGCGAUCCUUUUAUAUAUAGGCUAGUUGUCGAUAUUUAUUAA